AUGACACCCAAGGCAAGUUGGCCAAAACUAAUCAUAUAUGGUGCAUUGAAGACUACCAAGGUUAUUGUUGGGACUGUUGUAGAGGUCACAACCACCAGGAAGCCUCAAACCAACCGUACUUCCACCUUUGUUACUGCUGACUUUGAUUUGGGGGGUGGAGCAGUGAAGCGAAGCACUCUGAACAUCCGUAGCGUCAAGGCCUUUGUACCAGACUUGACCACGUCACCAAAUGACGCUGAUAUAGCAGCUGUGGCAGCGCCCAACAAUAUGCUUGACAACAUUGAUGCGCUUCCAACCGUAACAGCGGAUACUGCAACUGAGACUGAUUUGUUUCAUAUGGAAGCAGGGUUUGAUCAACAUCCAAUUCUCGAACAAGACACGGAGUCACUGGUGCAGCUACCAGUACUUCCAAUUCUACCCAAUGCUGACUUUGGUAACAAAAACUUUUCCGAGGCAGAAGCUGUCCCUGCUGCAGUAGCACAUGGCACAAAGUGGUAUGAAGAUGAUGAAGCUACUCUAAAUGGUACAAAUGGCAGUGUGCCAAUCAAAGACUUCGGUAUUUCCACGCCUGUUGGUGAAGUCUUGGGUCCAAACUCUGAUAUUGGCGGAAAGUACUCGAGACUGGAAUACUUCCUUCUGAUGUUUCCACCCAAACAGCUCACCACUAUGUGUCAGCUAAGAAACAAUGCUCUGGUGCAACAGAACAAGCACAUCAUCACUACUGGAGAGCUGCUUCGCUUUUUUGGAAUAGUCAUUCUGACAACAAAGUUUGAGUACACAAGCCAAUUCCAGCUGUGGUCAACAACUGCACUGUCAAAAUAUAUUCUGCUCCAUGCUUUGGACGGACAGGAAUGUCAAGACAGCGAUUCAAUGAUAUAUGGCAAUGUCUUUGCUGGAGUGAGCAGCCUCCUGAGCGGCCAGAAGCCAGAGAAUGGUUGCGAGAUCCAAAAUGCGGCAUGUAGAUGUUCCGGAAUUAUGCUUCGGUUGAAACUGGUCAAGUCAAAGACUGCUUGGGAAGAAGGGGAUGAGGGUGGUCUAAGCAACAAUAAUCUUUUACUUGGCACAAGGAUUCUCAAAGAGCUAGUUACUCUUUGGGCAUGGACAAACCAAGUUGUAUGUGCUGAUUCCUAUUUCGCUUCUGUUGGUGCUGCAUUGGAGUUGAGACAAAUAGGUUUGGGAUUUAUUGGGGUUGUGAAGAGUGCAACAAAGCACUUUCCAAUGGCUUAUCUUUUGAGACUGGAGUUCAAUCAUCAAGGAGACCAAAAAGGACUGUUGAUGAAAGACGGACUCAAUGGAAGUAGCUUGAUGGUGUUUGUAUGGAUUGAUUGCAAUUGUCAAUACUUUAUAUCAAGUGUGUCCAGUCUUGAUGCCGGCAGUCCAUUUGUUUGA